AUGUUAAACUGUACUGAUCUUGCUUGUGUUUUACAUCACCAUCAUUUUUAUGCCAAUCUACAUCAUCUAAAGAGACAUUUGGAUGGACACCACGAUCAUCAUGAAUCUGAAAAAGAAGCAGACGGAACAGGGAGUGACGUAAAUGAUCCAAAUAACAUUACUAAUUUACUUAAUGACGAAGAUUCUGAUUUGUCAUUACUUUCUCAUGUCGAUGAUCCCAAUGAUGUUUGGUAUAUAUUGGGAGGUGUAAUUAUAGCAAUGUUAUCUGUUGGAAUCAUAAUUAUUUUAGUAGCUGUCACAAUAAGCAAAUUAAGAAAACGUGAAGAAUCUUCACACAACACACAUCAUAAUAGUGAAUCAACACAAACUACACAAAUCGUUUCAACAGUUGAGCCUGUUGGCUUUAGACAGAGUCCAUCCAGUGUUUGGCACUUUCCUCCACUUCCGCCUCAACCAAAUCUCUACAUUUAUAACGCCAGUAGUCAAGACGCGUUAGUACACAGUAGUAACGAAAAACUUGGAUUUAGAGGCUUUCGAAAACAACUGAGUGGUCGAUUUAAGCGACUAGUUUCACGUAAAUCGCACGAACCUUCACCAGUAAUUCCACCUGAACUCAAACCUCAGCUAAAGACAAUUUACGUGUAUUAG